CAGCAAUCUUCUCCGGACGCGUGCCGCAUUGAUUUUUUCAGAGCAUCAUGAAAGGCUGUUGCGCCAUCACAGGUUCCAUCCUGAGAUAAUUGAUGCUAAGUCACUGGUGUUCGACGAAGGCUCCACUACAGCUAAAGCGCUCUUGUUAUUGAAAUAGACGAAAAUUUAGAGGGUUUCCAGCGGUGUCCUAGGAGGGUUUCUAUCAAUAAAUAGUAUUGUAUCUUCCCCGCCACAACCCUUUCAACCUUAAAACCAAAUAUAGGAAGCCACGGCCGACGUGGAUGGCACUAGAGGAGAUCCCGCUAUGGACUACGAAAGUGUGAGAUAUGAAUAUCUAGACUAGAAAGAUAUCUCCUGCAUCAACGAGAUACAUUUUCUAUCGAUACCUUGGGUUAGAGUAGUGCCUAUCCUCCAACACACUCUAUGCUUGACCUGAAUUAAAAAAAUGUCGUAUUGGGAUCGUCAGGAGAAAGAGUUUCUAGCUCGGCUAGACAAGACUCUAGACGACAUGAACGGCCAGUCUUCCUCUUCGACCGCCCGGCGGGAAGACGUUGCUCCGGUUAGCUUGAGAUCUGAGGAAAAUCCCGUACUAGAAAGAAGGGACAGAGCAGACGGUGCCCGCGGUGACGUAGCAAGCAGCGCACCGAUGAAUUCGUCUGGCAUCUCGGGCAUAGUGGACGAGAACAGGGGGAUAACGGGCGCAGCUCCAGAAACAACUAUAAUAGGCUCGCGGCCGUUACCAGGAGACACAAGAAGUUCUACAACAGCAUCUUCAGGUAGUGCAACCAUAGGGGCACCAGCAUCCGUGAACUACGAGCAACUAAAAACUGCAGUUUCUGGGGACUACUUAACUUCGGUGAAAGCGACUCCAUCUACCUCAACAGUAGGUUCCGAGACGGAAGCGGCGAUGCCUGAUGCUUUGAGGGUCUUCGUCGAAAAAAUGCACAAGCUAAUUCAAAAACGGGGACCCGGAUUCAACAUACAAAAAUUUCUCGAUGGCACUGUCAUGAACAAAGACUCAUUCGGCUAUCUUGUGGAAGAUGUGUAAUAAAAAUUGGUCCCUUUCGUUUGUUAGAGCCCCAAUUCGACAAUCCUUUUUUUGUCUUACACACAAUAACUUCUUUCUUCAUUGAGUACGUACAAAGAGCAAAUAUCCUUUUACAAGUUGCAACUUAAGCGACAUCUACUAAAGCAAUUUUUCACUUGUUUGUCCUUCCAUCCCUUUUCAUGCUCUGUGAAUCAGAUUCGAGAUCAAUUGCGUGGCGGAAUGCGGCCGCGGGACUGACGAAAUUUUCGACCUCGCGCUGAGGCACCAAGACGCUGACAAGCUUGAUUUGGUGAGAUUGCUGAUUUGACGACAUUUUCCAUAGGUACGGAUCCGGCGAAAAUUCCUCAAAUGUAGGAAGGCUAAGCAACACGAAUCUGCGCUCGGCGCAAUUUAGAGGACAUCACAACAUUCGAACACAACAUUGAUCGGAACACAACAUCCUACAACACACUUUCCGAACAGCCAUACUCAGGAGGUAGUGAUGCUAGCAGGUGGGGAGGAUCAGUUUACAUAGAGUAAGACAUCUUGAAUGACGAAGGCACAACAAGUGAUUCCUAAUCGUGAUCGUCCUUCAUGGAGAUGUCUAAGCCACAUAACUUUUUGACACCCACCUGAACACAAAUGCUAUUUUUUGGUACAAUGAAUUGCGUAAACAUGUUUGUUAUAACAAAUGGCAACUGGUGAAGAUGACAAGGAUCUGACGCAUUCGCAUGGCUGCUGCCACACCAUUAGAAAAAUCCAACUCAGCUUUUUGUGAGGAGGCUCCAAAAUUUUUUUGUGAAGCUGCGUGGAGCGACUCCGAGUCCGCGUCUUCUUGGUAAUUUUCGUAGUGUGAG